CGAAUGGAGCGUUAAGAUGGAGCGGAGGAGAACAGAAAGGACUGGAGGAGCGUGAAGACCGCGAUGGCUCCGCACUGAUCAUCUUCCACCAUCAUCAGCAGCAUCGCCAGUUGUGAUCACUCACUCACAUGAGGCUGGCCGUCCCUUCGUGCUGCGACGGCCGUCUUCGGCCGCUCGAGGGUGACACAGAGGUGCUGGUGGAGCCGCCUUGGCACGAUGACAUCGACAUUGACGACGAGAGUGAGGAUCUGGACGAGGGCGUUCAUGUGGAGCUGCUGCACAAGGUAAGCGAAGAGAGAGCCACAAACUGCCUGCAGAGGCAGUGCAGGAAGGCUCGCUCAUUCAGUUCUCUGUGUGUGUGUGUGUGUUUGCUAUCCAUUAAGACGUUUGCCCCGCGGCUGAUCGACCACUCGCUGUCGUACGUGGGUGUGGGCAUCAAGCACGUCGGCGGCAGCUGCGGCCUCAAGGCAGCCGACGUCAUGUCCAAGUCCACCACGUGCGCCUGCCUCCCCCCCUCCCUCACCCGUGCCACCACACCCACCACACAGGCCACAUCCGUGUGUGACGAGCCAGACGGCGAGGAGCAGCACGUCACGCCCGUCCACCGCCCUGUGCCCCUUUUGCUGCCGGCAGUCGUGUACGUCCGUCUGGCCGGGUGGCUGACGUCCCCACUGUGGAUGUGCCCCCUGCGCAGGUGGGCGGCGGCGCACUCGUCAUCGGUGGUUGGGGUGCCUGAGGCACGCCCGACAGAGGAGGCCGUCACGGCGAUGGCAGGAGCGCUGCUCAGUGGCGGCAUCAGCAUCUCGGUGAGGGAGCUAAGGGAAGACAUGAUGGUGGUGCAGUGAUGACGCGACGACCUUUCUGACGUGGUUCGUUCGUCUGUGUGCGCUCAUGUUGUGUGUCAGGUUUUCCUUGCCUUGCGCAUGAUGGGGGUCAAUGUGCUGCUGCGAUGAGGUGGGUGGGUGGGUGAGUGGGUGAGUGAGUGGAUUCAAGAAGCCUGACUGGCUGUGGCUGUGCUGCGUGGUGUGUGGGGUGAGUGAUGUGGCGCUGGCUGACCCGCCCGCCCAUUUGAUUUGAUGUGCGUGGAGAGGGAGGGAGCGAGGAUGUGGGUGGGAAUUUUGUAAAACUAGUUGUGUGUGGAUAUGGUGGAUAUGCGAUUAACCAACUAGCCAAGCCAUCUAGGGGGCUGGGGGGCGAUGUGUGUGGAUGGAUCCUCUGUCUGUUAUGGUAUGUACUUGUGCUGCAUGCCUUCACCAAUGUGACGCCGAAUGGGGGUGGGGUGGGAGGGGAGGUCUUCAGUGGUCCCCUGCUCACAUGCACACAACCGCGAAAUGGUUUCCUCUCUCUACCCACCCAUCCAUCCAUCCACUGCUAGUCUAGUCUAGUCUCUUCCUGUCAGUGCCUCUGUGUGUGCGUGUGCGCGUGUCUGUGUGCGUGCGAUGGUUUAAGCGGCGGCUGUUGUCAGUCAUUGGGUGUUGCGUGAGCAAGCAUGAGCAUAAAAGGGAUGAAUGGGUGGGUGGGAAGGCGGCGGGUGUCUGUCUGUCUGUCAUGGUGAUGGUGGCGACGAGUGUCAUCUCGGGCGGGUAUUUCUUGAACUGACAGAUAGAUAACACUUCCUUCCGCUGCUGCACAGAGUGCAUUCAUUUUCACCGUACAUAGCUGUGAGUAUUUUCAUUCGCUGUCUUCCCGGCUGCCUUGGUUGCCUGCCUGCCUUGUACGUAUUUGUCUGUCCGCCGUCCUGCGUGUGUGUCACGACGUGUGCUGCGCUGUGGUCUGGUGUGCUCGGGUGUCUUGCGCUGGACGUGGUGGCCAAGUUUGACGGUCACCUCGGUUUGUGUGCGUGUGUUGUGCGUGCGUGUGUGUGUCGAUAGCCAUGUGUGGGUGGGUGCUAGUGCUGGUGUUUCUAGUUGCUGCAUACUGGCUUUUUCUGCGCACACGACACGUACAUGCUGUAAUUGCGUGAGCGUGUGUGUUGUGCGUUGUGCGUUGGGUGUCGGUGUGUGUGUGUGGUGUGUGGUGUAGGGUGGAAGGGGCAACGAAGCUCUGUAGAAAGACCUACUUAAGUGCGACUGGAUCAAGUGUCCUCACC